AUGGAGCACUCCUCUGACACUGACAAUGAUGAAGACUGGAGAGCUCCAAUCAGCUGUUCAGCCGCACAGAUGGAGACAGAGGCUGAUGGAGACCACUGCAACCAAGUCCAGAUCAGAGUCAGAAGCACCCCUUCUGGCUCUGAUCUGGAUGCACCAAACUCAGGUCUGUCCCCCAAAUACAAGUCUGCACCAGAGACCAGUGUCACUGUGAACUAUGGAGACAUGCCAGGAACAGCCCAAGGAGCUGACAAGAAGAAACACCAGUGCUCUGUGUGUAAGAAGAGGUUUGGAACAAAGCAGAUUUUACAAAGACACAUUAAAAUUCACACAGGAGAGAAACCAUUCAGCUGUUCAACAUGUGAAAAAACAUUUGCCAAAAGGUGCAAUCUAGUUGCACAUAUGAGAAUACACACAGGCAAGAGACCAUUCAGUUGUUCAAUAUGUGAGAAGGCAUUUUCUGAUAAGCAUACUCUUGUUCGACAUCUGAGACACACAGGAGAGAAACCUUACAGCUGUUCAACAUGUCAGAAAACAUUUACCUUAAAGGGUAAUCUAGAUAAACAUGAAAAAGUACACACAGGAGAGAAACCUUACAGCUGUUUAACAUGUGGUAAAACAUUUAGCCAAAAAGCCAAUCUAGAUUCCCAUGUGAAGCUACACACAGGAGAGAAACCAUUCAGCUGCUCAACAUGUGAGAAAACAUUUACUCAAAAAGUCAAUCUAGAUUCCCAUGUGAAGAUUCACACAGGAGAGAAACCAUUCAGCUGUUCAACAUGUGGGAAAACAUUUACUCAAAUAGCCAAUCUUGAUUCCCAUGUGAAGAUGCACACAAGAGAGAAACCUUACAGCUGUUCAACCUGUGGGAGGACUUUUGCCACAAAGGCUACACUAAUGCACACAAGAGAGAAACCUUACAGCUGUUCAACCUGUGGGAGGACUUUUGCCACAAAGGCUACACUAAGGCAACAUGAGAAAACACACACUGGUGAGAGCCCUUACAGUUGUUCUAUUUGUAAGAAAGGGUUUAAACUUAGACAGUAUUUGAAGAAACACAUGAAAAUUCACAGAACAGAAAGUGACUGA